AUUCAUGGGCCUUGUCAAUAUCCGUUAUAUUCGUACACUUGCUACUCAUCAAGCCGAAGAUAACUGUGUUGUUCUAAAUGAAGAAGUCACCAAUUACCGUGGUCUUAAAAGUGUCAAUGAAGUUUACAACACCUGUGAAACUAUCUUAAAAUGGAGUGUGCCAUCAUAA